UGGCGCUCGCUGCGGUUCUCCGGUCACUGCAGCAGCUGCUCAGUGUGUUUGUUGAAAUGGCGAAGUUUGGCGAUUUAAAAGCUUUUCUUGAAUCUUCAUUAAAUGAAAUCUUUCGAGUGACUGUCAGUGACAUCGUGGAUUCAGUGGAACAAACUGUCAGCGAAUAUCAGCAUAAGAUUCAGAGAAUUGAGUGCGAAAAUGAUGAUCUGAGAAAACGACUUUGUGCAAAAGAGAAAAGGACGAAUCAUAUCAAAACAGAAGAUGAAGAUUGUGUUUUUCAGCUUGACUUUUCAAGGAAGGAUUUCAGCGAAGAUGUGUUUUCAUCUGUUCACAUGAGUGAAUAUACUGACCAAACUAAGAUCGCUGGAGAUUCACUGAGCAGUCGAAUGAAAUCACAAGCGCCAGAUGUGAAAUCACCGCAGAUAAACAAGAAUUGUGCGACAGCAGCAAUUCUGUGUGUGAAGGUCGACCCAGAGACGGAGGACGGAUGUGCUGUUGACCUCUCCAACCCUCACACUUCUCCUGAACACACCGGUCAAGAGAUCAAGAUGGAGAAUACAGAGGAGAACUGUGAUCGCAGGCAUGUAUUCACUCGUCCAUUAGAGCCGGAGCUCAGCGACUGCGAUGUGAAGGUGACGGUGGUGUCCGACACACACCUGUAUCCUGAUGGUCCGGAGUCGUCAGAGCCGGAGCUCAGCCUCAUCUCUGAUGAAGAGUCUAAUCCAGACGGACUGUCUGACGAGGGAUUUUCGGGAUCGUUUCACGUGACGGAGUCUCUGCCGGUCCCUAAGCCGGAUCUCUGCUGCGCUCAGUGUAACCGGAGCUUCAAGCACGAGGCGUCACUCCACAUCCACCUGAGAUCCCACACCGCAGAAAAGACACACACCUGCGCUCAGUGUGGGAAGGGCUUUGACCGCGCUGACCUCCUGAAGAACCACCAGCGCACACACACCGGAGAGAGGCCGUUCGCCUGUGAGCUGUGUGGGAAGAGCUACGGGCACCAGGGUCAGCUGACCAUCCACCGGCGGGUCCACACGGGCGAGCGGCCCUACGCCUGUCCUCACUGCGGUAAACGCUUCAGCGAACACAACCAGCUGAAGGUGCACCUGCGCACACACACCGGCGAGAGGCCGUUCCCCUGCUCCGUUUGCGGCAAACGCUUCGCCAACGCCGGGAACCUGCGCAGCCACCAGCGCACACACACAGGGGAGAAGCCGUACGCCUGCGAGCUGUGCGGGAAGCGGUUCAGCGGGACCGGAGACCUGAAGACUCACACCCGGAUCCACACCGGAGAGAAGCCGUACCGCUGCCAGCUGUGCAGCAAGAGCUUCAGCCAGGCCGGACACUUGACCAUCCACCGGCGCAUGCACACGGGCGAGAGGCCGUACCCCUGCGGAGACUGUGGGAAGAGCUUCACUGUGGCCAGCAGCCUGAAGCUGCACCAGCUCGUGCACACCGGCGAGAAGCGGCACGCCUGCGGUCACUGCGGGAGGAGCUUCAGCCGCGCCGGACACCUGAAGCGACACCAGCUGACCCACAGCAGAGAGAACCAGCACACCUGAUCCACACCGUGGAGCGACACACCUGCGGUCACUGCAGGAAGGGCUGGACACCUGAAGCGACAUGCGUUCGUACACACCAAACAAUAUCUACAGAGCAACCACUUGUCCCUGAAGAAGCACCAGAAGCUGCACACGCUGGCUGAGAGCGACAGAGCCCCUAAUUAAGGGACUGAGCCUCGGAGUAACUGGAUCGAGCCGCAGAGAAACGGGUCCGAGUCGUGGAGUAACUGGAUCGAGCCUCGGAGUAACUGGAUCGAGCCUCGGAGUAACGGGAUCAAGCCGCGGAGUAACGGGAUCAAGCCGCGGAGUAACGGGAUCAAGCCGCGGAGUAACUGGAUCAAGCCGCGGAGUAACUGGAUCGAGCCUCGGAGUAACUGGAUCGAGCCUCGGAGUAACGGGAUCAAGCCCGCGGAGUAACGGGAUCAAGCCGCGGAGUAACUGGAUCAAGCCGCGGAGUAACUGGAUCGAGCCUCGGAGUAACGGGAUCAAGCCUCGGAGUAACUGGAUCGAGCCUCGGAGUAACUGGAUCGAGCCUCGGAGUAACUGGAUCGAGCCUCGGAGUAACGGGAUCAAGCCGCGGAGUAACUGGAUCGAGCCUCGGCGUAACUAGAUCGAGCCUCGGAGUAAUGGGAUCAAGCCUCGGAGUAACUGGAUCGAGCCUCGGAGUAACGGGAUCAAGCCUCGGAGUAACUGGAUUGAGCCUCGGAGUAACGGGAUCAAGCCGCGGAGUAACUGGAUCAAGCCGCGGAGUAACUGGAUCGAGCCUCGGCGUAACUAGAUCGAGCCGCGGAGUAACGGGAUCAAGCCGCGGAGUAACUGGAUCGAGCCUCGGAGUAACUGGAUCGAGCCUCGGAGUAACGGGAUCCAGCCUCGGAGUAACGGGAUCAAGCCUCGGAGUAACUGGAUCGAGCCUCGGCGUAACUAGAUCGAGCCUCGGAGUAACUGGAUCGAGCCUCGGAGUAACUGGAUCGAGCCUCGGAGUAACUGGAUCGAGCCUCGGAGUAACUGGAUCGAGCCUCGGAGUAACUGGAUCGAGCCUCGGCGUAACUAGAUCGAGCCGCGGAGUAACGGGAUCAAGCCGCGGAGUAACUGGAUCGAGCCUCGGAGUAACUGGAUCGAGCCUCGGAGUAACUGGAUCGAGCCUCGGAGUAACGGGAUCCAGCCUCGGAGUAACGGGAUCAAGCCUCGGAGUAACUGGAUCGAGCCUCGGCGUAACUAGAUCGAGCCUCGGAGUAACUGGAUCGAGCCUCGGAGUAACUGGAUCGAGCCUCGGAGUAACUGGAUCGAGCCUCGGAGUAACUGGAUCGAGCCUCGGAGUAACUGGAUCGAGCCUCGGAGUAACUGGAUCGAGCCUCGGAGUAACGGGUCUGAGCUGUGGAGUAAUGGGAUGUAAUGGGAGUAAUGGGUCCUUCAAUGAUGAUGUUCAUCUCUAAUAGCAAGACACAGUUGGAUCAUGUCACUUCUACGAGAUAUGGCACACAUACUGUACUGAUGUUUACGUAAGCCCUGAACCGCAAUGUAAAAAAAAAAAAGUACAAUUUUGAGAAUAAAGUGGGUUAAAAACCUCUUAUAAAGACUGUAUUUUUUUAUAUUUCGACCUUAUUUAAAUAUUUCGACUUUAAUUACAUAAUUUCAGGCUUUUUUUGCACUGAUUUUUAUUUAUUUUACUUUUCGAUGCAGGUUAUCCCUAGAUGUUUGAGUCUUUAUUGGUUUGGCGGAGUGUCUUCUGUCUGUGACUGUGUGAAUUAUUCAUUAGAAAUGAUUGCUGUCUUCCUCCAUGACCUGGUUUGUUACAUAUGAAGAAGGUAUGAUAUAAACACAUCUUAGAUGAAAUGCAAUUUAAUUUAUGAAUAUUACAUAAUAUCUUCUCUAUGUACAGCAUUGUGCAUUUAAUGUUUAUUUAAAAUAUUCGUGAAUGUUUACUCUUUAGCUUCAGCAAUAAAAUAAAGCUUUCUAA